AUGACUGCAUACACAUGUGGUAUUAAAGGCAAUGAUCUCGCCGAUGAUGCAAGAGAGUCAGUGCUGCUUAAGAAAUUCGGGGAAACCCUAUCCAAGGGAGCAAUGAUAUGGUAUCACAACUUACCUGAACAUUCGAUUGAUUCAUUUUCCAUGCUCACCGAUGCUUUUGUCAAAGCUCACACCGGAGCCAUCAAGGUCGAAACCCGAAAAUUGGACUUGUUCAACGUUAAGCAGCGAGAUAAUGAAACCCUCCGCGAGUUUGUAGCCCGGUUUGAAAUGGAGCGCAUAGACUUACCUCCGGUAACUGAUGAUUGGGCCGUUCAGGCUUUCACUCAAGGGAUCAACUCAAGAAGCUCGAUCAUAUCUAUGGAGCUAAAGCAAAAUCUGAUAGAGUACCUGGAAAUCGCUUGGGUUGAUGUACACAACCGGUAUCAAUCGAAGAUCAGGGUCGAAGAUGAUAAGAUUUUAAGAGCGGCCUCAGUAUCAUGGCAUUCCGGUAAAGGGAAUGACCGAUCGAGGAGAACGACAGAUCAAGAUUCAAGACCAUCAUAUGACAGGUAUCAACCUUACCCACCUGAUCAAAUGGGAAACGGGCGUAACAACGAAUCGAGCAAGAGCGCUAGGAGGAACGAUCGAAGGAACAGUCGAGGCCCAAGUAAUCGUGGACUGAUGAAUAGAAAUGUUGUCGAUAGAACCUCGGGGAAUAAAGAAAUCCCAAGGUUGUCCGAGGAUAAUUUAUGCGUCGAUAUAGCGACCAUAGCAGCGGUCGUUAUCCGUAACAGGGAAACAAGACACCUAAGGCCAAUCCAAUCUGAUCUAGAGAAGCGGGAUAAAAGCCUUAUUUGCAAAUACCAUCACACUCACGACCAUCGAACCGAAGAUUGUCGGCAGCUGAGAGAGAAGGUUUCCAGUCUGUUUAAUUUGGGACACCUUCGAGAAUUUCUAAGUGAACGAGCAAAAACUCCCUUCAAGAACGUGGAUGCCAACAAGCAAGAUAGACCGGAAAAGCCUCAGCAAGUGAUCCACAUGAUCAUGGGAGGAACGGACAUUCCCCUGCGGGCCGGUAGCUCGGCUAAUAUAAUACGAUGGAGAGUCAUCGAUCAGCUGAGACUACUAGAUCAGAUCAUUCCAGCAAUACGAGUCCUCAACGGAUUCAACAUGGCCUGCGAAACGACGAAGGGUGAGAUCACCUUACCGAUCAACACGGUCGAAACUAUGCAGCAGAUCAAAUUUUAUGUGAUAGACGGAGACAUAGGAUACAAUGCAUUGUUGGGAAGACCAUGGAUUCACCUCAUGAAAGCGGUCCCCUCAACUAUGCAUCAGGCGUUAAAAUCCCCGACCUCAGAAGGGAUCAAAACCGUUCAUGGUGAGCAACAGGCCGCAAAGGAAAUGUUCGCGAUCGAAGAAGCUGUUAUGACGGCAAAGAUACCGGAAUGGAACGAAGGGGAAAGUGCCAAAUAA